CCUCCUCCCGUGACGCGGUCCCGCUGACGCUGAGGUCGGAUCCCGGAGCGGAACGAACGCGGCCCCGGGGCUGCACACACGGAGAUGCCAGUCACAGUGGGAUCCUAUGGGCAGUCCCAGCCCAGCUGCUUUGAUCGAGUUAAAAUGGGCUUCAUGAUGGGGUGUGCAGUCGGUAUGGCGGCGGGAGCACUUUUUGGCACGUUCUCCUGCCUCAGGUUGGGGAUGAGAGGCCGGGAGUUACUGGGCGGCGUGGGCAAGACUAUGCUGCAGAGUGGAGGCACCUUCGGAACCUUCAUGUCGAUCGGAAUGGGAAUCCGAUGCUAAUAAUGUCUCUGUCAGUUUUUUUUUAACACUGCUCCCCACGGGAAUGUCAAAUGUUUACCCAAAACGCUGUGAGGGUAAACCCGGGAGAAUAUUCAAGCUGUAUUAUUGAUGGAAUAAAUAAAAGUGUAUGAUUUACUCUUUGUAUUAAAUUCUGGGGGGGAAAUGGAGAUUUAAUGGGGAGCUCUUUUGACCAACUGCAGUGUUUAAAGAUCAUGGUUCUGUCUUAAUGGAUUUCCAAAGAGUUGGGUAACAUAAUGUUAGAGCACUUUCCAUUUCCCGGCAGCUGAGGUCAAUGGCUAAAGUCUCUGUAAGGUUAAAUGGAACGGAUUUGGGGGGUUUGGGCUCAGUCGCCACAGUGCUGCUCUUAGAUGAUGACAAAGGAGUUUGUCCCUAUUGAAAGUCAGCGUGAAACUCAGCGUCUAACUCCAGGGCUGACAUCUGUGUGAUUAUUGGAGUCUCCCUCAAAAGAUUUGCUGGCAGAACGUCUUACAACAUCAACUUCUCACAUGCCUCACUGACAACUCUGCAAGUUUUCCGCAAACAGCAAGUGUCAAUGACAUUGGCGGAGAGCGCAGGAAUGUGUUACUGAACAGGCAGCUGGUACACUCUGGGUAAGACAUUACUGCAGCUCCCUGACAAAUGGUGGGGUGGGUAAUAGUUGUCUUUAUACUGAACCUGUGGACUGAAACACUACAAUAAAAUAAAGCUCUUUGCAGCAGUGAAA